CCGAAGGCCAGACCGACUAAUGGCGGCGUCCAUGGGAAAGGCCACCGGGGGCGUUGAAGAGGCCGCGACGGAAGAGGAACCGCGAAUUCUGGAACCCGGGGCAGCCCCGUUUGGAAACUUCCCUCAUUAUUCCCGCUUCCAUCCUCCAGAAGAACGGCUCCGCCUCCUGCCCCCGGAGCUGCUUCGCCGGCUCUUUCCUCAGAGUUCCGAAACGAGGCCGAUCCUGGGGCUCGACGUGGGGUGUAACUCUGGGGAUCUGAGUGUGGCUCUAUACAAACACUUCCUUUCCCUACGUGAUGGGGAGACCUGCUCAGAUGCCUCAAGAGAACUCCAUCUACUCUGCUGCGACAUAGAUCCAGUCCUGGUGGAGCGAGCUGAAAAAGAAUGCCCUUUUCCUGAUGCCCUGACCUUUAUCACCCUGGACUUUAUGAAUCAAAGGACCCGGAAAGUUCUCUUGAGCUCUUUCUUAAGCCAAUUUGGACGUUCAGUUUUUGACAUUGGCUUCUGCAUGUCAGUAACCAUGUGGAUUCAUCUGAACCACGGGGACCAUGGCCUGUGGGAGUUCCUGGCCCACCUUUCCUCCCUUUGCCGCUACCUCCUUGUGGAGCCACAGCCCUGGAAGUGUUACCGGGCAGCUGCACGGCGUCUCCGGAAGCUGGGUCUUCAUGAUUUUGACCACUUCCGUUCCCUUACCAUCCGAGGUGAUAUGGCCAGUGAGAUUGUGCAGAUCUUAACCCAGGACCAUGGCAUGGAAUUAGUUUGCUGCUUUGGCAACACCAGCUGGGACCGAAGCCUUCUGCUCUUCAGGACAAAAGAAACAGAGACUCAUCCAAUUCCUGAAUUACUGACAGAGGAAGGGAAAGAAAGGAAUAGAUUAGGCUACUGGAGACAGUGAGAUGGGGUGAGUCUAGAUGGGGGAAGACCAGGAAAGAGGUAUUGAAAGGGUGUUUUACUAAGAAUUAAGUUAACUUAAUUCAUGAUUGUAAGGCAGCCUCAAAACGUGGCAGAAGCUUUUGGCAAAAUGUGCAGGACAUGCAUUUGAAAGAAUCAGUAUCUAUUCCCUACUGUUUGAGUUCAUCCUGGAAGGAUUACUGUGGAGCAAUGAGCUGGGCUGUCCAGAUUGAGAUGGCCUAGAGAAAGUGAUCUUGGUUCUAAGAUAUGGAAGGGGCUGCUUUUAAUGGUUAGAGACGUAGACCAGGCUAGCCUUAGAAUGUGUCAGGUCCAUUGGCAACUUGAAUCCAAUCUGGCUUCUUCAGGCAUUUCUGAAUUUAUUCACCCUGCCUUUAGGCAAAACCUCACAAUACAAUCUGGAAAGAAGAGUCACUGGCCUGGCUAAAGGAGAGGGUUGGUAAGAAAAACAUCUUAUCUUUCCAGAACAGGUCAAGUGUCCAACAUGCUCUGGCUCAGCACAGCAGGUAACAGAUACUGGCCAAAAUGAACUGACUAGCAUUUAUAAAAUGUUUAAAAGAUUUAAAUUAUGAACCCAAUAUCCAGCUAGUCCAAAAGAAAUUAAUGAAGUGGGAUUGUAUAAUAUGUAUAAUAAAAGUGACUUGAGUAUGAUUGA